AGCUUCCGUAUCGUAGACGGGGAAGGCUGGAGUCAUGUUUCCUUACAGAAGAAUGCCAUGUCAUAUAACGGUUCUCUACGUGUUCACGGUUGUCAACCUGGUGGUUUUAUGCCAUGUGACCAUGGUUGAUGCAGAUGUCAUCGUUAAAGACCCAGUCAACAACACAGAGGCUAUUUACCGUGACAAGGCAGCUCAGUUCGGCCGACAGCUGCCUACCAUAGGCUUGCAGGGUUGCAUGGUCUACGUGGAGCCGAGGAAUGGAUGCAGCGUGAUCACCCCUCCACCAACAAACUUCUCCACCAACAAACCAUGGAUUGCCAUAAUCAUGCGCGGGGACUGUGACUUUGACAAAAAGGUAAUACAUGCACAGUUGGCUGGCUAUGGUGCUGCGAUAGUGUACAAUGACAGAUCUGAUGAGCUCCUACCUAUGUACUCAUAUGAUGCAUCCAGUGUGAUUAUACCAUCUGUAUUCGUUGGAGAGACAGAUGGCCUCUACCUUAUCAAGAACUACCAGUACUGGACUAAGUCCGAAAUAAGGCUGGUGAGAAACUGGUGGAAGGAUAUGGAUGUACUAUCCUAUCUCAUUCCAUUCUUCGUAGCUGUUGCUGUUUCCUCCUUUGGCAUGUUCAUACUGAUGGUAGGAAUGCUGGCCAAGUGCGUGCGGGAUCAGCGACGCAAGCGGCGCUCCCGGCUCUCCAUUCAGCACCUGAAGCGCAUCCCUGUGAAGAAGUACAAGAAGGGCGAUGACUACGACGUCUGCGCCAUUUGUCUGGAGGAUUACGAUGAGGGAGACAAGCUACGUCUGCUGCCCUGUUCACACGCUUACCACACAAAGUGUAUUGAUCCAUGGCUGACGAACAACAAGAAGACUUGCCCGAUCUGCAAGCGUCAGGUGAUACCGGGAAACGACACUGACAGCUCGGAUAGCGAUGCUGAGGAUGGAGAGGCUGAGAACACGCCACUACUGUCGGCUACGCACACUGUUGGCAGCUCAACAUUCUACACUGAUGAGAAUCCCUUCGCGAGUCAGUCACCGACCCGCUCCACGGGAUCGACAGAAUCGGCCGACUCGAGCCGCAGCACGGACACGGCGGGACCGCUGGAGUUUGCUCCGACGACGUCCGUGAUGACCGAGCCCUACUUGUACUCCACCGGCAUGGUGACGCACGGCACAGAUGCCCUGAGUGUGACGAGCGAGGCUUCGAGUGACUAUGGCAACAUGGCAGGCCAUAGCAGCGAGCAGCUGGUGACGGUCAAUGUCUACCCGCCUCCGAUCAACAACACAGAGCAGCGCAAUAGCAGCUGCGACUCCAGCAGUGAUCCUGCUGAACACGCGUGAUCGGUGUGCCAGCGCCCCCUAGCGGUGGCAGCCAGUGACGCAGGCGAGUGUGCGACGCCCCGUGCUGAGGACUUGCUGGCAUCAGAUACACCGGAUAUGGCGACUCAGCGUGCCCAUUUCGCUAUUUAGUGUUUCCUUGCGCGAAUGAAUGAAUGCCAGAUGUUUGUAGUAGUGUGUAGUGGUGAAUAGGAGCAACCGUGUAUAAUGGAAUCAGACGGUAUGAGGGUGAAGGCUGUGAUGUGUGUUGUGCACAAUGGAAGUGAACUUUGUCUGAACGUGACUAACGUGAGCACUCUGAUCAUGAGACUGCCUGUUUGCCAUGUAGAUGUGUAUGCAGUGUACAUACUGUGAUGAGAAGCUUGAUGUUGUGGGCCGUCGAUGUACUCACGCACUCGCCUCCAAAUGGCAGUCAGUACAUUUAUUCUGACAACUACCAGACUUUCUGGUAUGACGACAGUCAGUUAUGCCCAAGAUUCACAAACAGGCGUGGAAAUUGAAAUGAACCAGUGUCUGACUCACCAUCUCCCGAUGAACGGCGGCUACUGCAUCAAGCAGUUUCAGACUGUGGUGCCAUCUACUCCUGAAAGUUGGGCAUCAAUUAGAAAUAAAUUAGUGUGUACCAGCUGGCUUACCUAUCGUAUUAUUUGCGGCUCAACAAAUUAACCAGUACAGGCAGUACUACAUAAUAUAAUUGUAAGAAUUACUUUCAUAGUCUAGACAAAUUUAAAUGAAAUAAUCAGCAAUAGGCUUAUACUGUUAGCUGUGAAAGAAAUAGACCGGUGAAAAUAUUUUAAAGGGUUAAAUAGAUCAAUAGCAUUUAACCUGAUUAAUUGGUAUAGUGUGUGCUUGCAAUGUCAUGUAAAUGUAGGGUACCGAUUAGAUUUAGCUCUUGGAAGGUGAUCAUGAUGAGAUACUAGAACGUGUAAGGUGUCUGUCAAUGUGCCAAACUGAGCUGUUUCCCUGGCAAAGUAUUCUGCCAUUUCAAAAUACAACUUUAUUGUCAUUGCAAAUUACCUUGUGUAAGCAGAAUUGUAGUAGUUAUUCUAUGAUCAAUGUCAAUGUUUUUGUAUGUAUCAACAAUUGCUGGAUUUGUUCGUAAAUUGUAUAUAGUGUGAUUUAUAGACUUUAAUGUACAUACUGUUUAUUAAACUGAGUCAGUAAGUUUUCUAGAUAUUUGAAAUCUAUGCUCAGAGAGCAUGCAUUGAAUGUUCUCUUACUAUUGUAUAUUAUUCAGUGACGUUUGUAGGAAAUAAUAAGCUACAAGUGUUAAUGGAAUGAUUAGACAUUACGCUUUCCUGGUGAAGUAAUUUCGUUAUCAGUUUUACUCUCAUAUAAGAUUAGUUACUAAUAUAAAUUGUUCACAAACACAUUUAUUGUUGAGAUUUAUUGUCAGAUGGCAAAUAUACUAUUCUUAUACUUAUAUGAAUAUUAUAUGAAAGUAUGUGAAUAUGGCUGGUGAUAGUGUUUAUUUAACCAAUGGCGAAAUCUCUGUUUUUGGUUCAUCUGUAGAAGUUUCAUUCCCGUUAAACAGUACUUACUGUUGUUAUCCAACCUAUGUAUUGCAUAUCCAUCCCACUUGCACAUUAAUUAUAUACCUUGCUGGACUACUUUAUACGCCAUGAAAAGCGAAUCGGCCUUUCUUUUUGAAAGCAGCAGGUAUGUGUAAUUGAAAUAAAUAAAUAGUAUUAUCUUAGAGGCAUCCGGGUAAAAAAAAACAGAACCUUGUAAUGGAUAUGAAUAAAUUAAUGUAUACCACA